GCAGUCGCAAUAUGAGAGCUGCGCCAUUCGGAUCGUGGUACUGGCUGGGAUUGGGAUUGGGCCUGCUUCUGGCCAUCGAGUGCGGCGUGGUUUCCGCCAAGCGUUUCCUGCGCUGUGAACUGGCCCGCAAGUUGCUCGAUCAGCAUGGUUUCGAACGCAGUCUGCUCUCGAAUUGGAUUUGUUUGCUAGAGCACGAAAGCGAUCUGGAUACCGGCAGGAUUACAACCAAUGCGAAUGGAUCUCGGAACUAUGGGCUGUUCCAAAUCAAUGGCAGGUUUUGUCAGGAGGGAAGGCGUGGCGGCAUUUGCAAUGCCAAGUGCGAAGAUUUUUUGGACGAAAAUUUAAGGGAGUCGGUUACUUGCGCCAAGCGCAUCCAAACCUCGGAUGGUUUUCGUCAUUGGGCAGGAUGGCAACGAUAUUGCCGAAACGCCCAAAAUCUGCCUAAUCUUAAGGUUAUCUGUGGGAUCUAGAUGUAAUUAAUUUAAUGAUUUCAAUUUGUAACAAAUAAAUAUUAUAUAUGU